UGUGGGCGGGGGAGGGGCGGCCGCGGCGGGCGGGUUGGGUUCUCGCCGCCGGCUGUGCUGGGGCUCGCUCGCGUGGGCUGCGCGGCGGGCCCGCAGUGGCCGCGGCGGCAUGAAGGGCGCCCUGGGCAGUCCCGUGGCUGCGGCCGCCGCAGGCGCUGCGAUGCAGGAGAGUUUCGGCUGCGCCGUGGCCAACCGCUUCCACCAGCUGCUGGACAACGAGUCAGACCCGUUCGACAUCCUUCGCGAGGUCGAGCGUCGGCGCCAGCAGCAGCUCCAGCGCAAGCGGCGCGAUGAGGCAGCGGUGGCCGGAGCCGGCAGUCGAGGUGGUAGGAGCCCGGCCGGGGCCUCGAGCCACAGACCCGGCGCGGGCGGCGGCCGGAGGGAAUCCCAGAAGGAGCGCAAGAGCCUCCCCGCCCCCGGCGCGUCGCAGCCGGACAGCCCCGGGGGCGGCCCGCAGCCGCCCGGCCAGAAGCGGACUCCAAGGAGAGGGGAGCAGCAAGGAUGGAGUGAUAGCCGGGGCAUGGAGGUGACACUUGAGAGAGCAGAGCGGAGACCCUACAGGGAAUGUCGACCCUAUGAGACUGAGAGGCAGGCAGACUUUACACCUGAGAAGUUCACAGAUGAAAAACCAGGGGACAGGUUUGACCGAGAAAGACCACUGCGAGGCCGCGGAGGCCUGAGAGGGGGCCUGCGAAGCAGAGGCAGAGGUGGUCCCAGGAGCAGAGCUUUUGACAGUUUUGACCAGAGAGGGAAACGAGAAUUUGAGAGAUACGGUGGGAAUGAUAAAAUAGUAAUCAGAGCUGAAGACAACUUGGGCGGAUGUGGAGUUCGCACCUGGGGGUCAGGUAAAAAUACCAGUGCCGUGGAGCAGACGGCGCCGAUGGAGGAGACCACAGCCGUGGACGAGUCCCCAGGCCCCCUGGAUGAGGAGUCUCCAGCCAAAGCUCCUGAGUUGGAGGUAGAAGAAGAAGCUCAAGUUCAAGAGAUGACCCUAGAUGAGUGGAAAAAUCUUCAGGAACAGACCAGACCAAAGCCUGAGUUUAACAUCCGGAAACCGGAGUCCGCUGUCCCUUCCAAAGCAGUGGUGAUACACAAGUCCAAAUACAGAGAUGAUGUGGUAAGGGAUGACUGUGAGGAUGAUGCCCACAUCUUCCGGAAAGCGGCCAAUGACAUCACAUCCCAGCUGGACAUUAAUUUUGGUGACCUCCCUCGUCCUGGGCGUGGAGCCCGAGGUGGCACACGGGGAGGCCGGGGAAGGACCAGAAGGGCAGAGAACUAUGGGCCCAGAGCAGAAGUGGUGACACAAGACAUUGCUCCAAACCCGGAUGACCCCGAAGACUUCCCUGCUCUGGCCUGAGAGAGCCCUGCAUCCCUGGCAGCUGACAGUAGCAUGGGCCUACCUAUGAAGAGACUUUUCUUGCUGUGGGGAAGAGAAUCAGACUCUAAGAACAAUAGAUGUUGCUUUUUCCCCCUAUAGCAUGAAUUGGUUGCACUUUUUUGGCCUGGGGGUGUGGACAGGGAUUUCCCCAGAUAAGGAGCAGCAGUUCCGGUCAGGGCCUUAGCCUGGCACUUUCCCAAGAAGAUGAGGAAUGGUGAUUAUUUUUUUAUCUCAGGAAUUCCAGUUGAUAUUGGGAAUCAUAUCUAAAAUGUGUGCACAGAGAUUGUAUUGACUCAUCCACAGAAGUAACGUAAUUUCUAAGAUAGAACCUACUGACUCCAUAAGUUGUACAGGGAAUGGAAGGCUGCGUCCGUUAGCAGUAGAGGAGAUGAAUAUAAAUUGGACCAUUAAUUUAAAGCAGUCACAGCCUAGUUUUCAGAGACCAAGAAAUAAAAAUGCAGUUGUAUUUACUGUUUACUUGUAAA